CGCUGAGGCGUGGUAGGAAGUAAUAGCUGUCAAUCACGAGGGAGACUCCAAACAGUGAGCCUAGAGCUGGAGAACAGCGUUUACCGGCGGAGCGGCCGGUUUUUAUGAGUGAAACUAUGGCUACGGAUUCACCUAGAAGACCCAGUCGAUGUACUGGUGGAGUUGUGGUUCGCCCCCAGGCUGUCACAGAGCAGUCCUACAUGGAAAGUGUUGUGACUUUUCUGCAGGACGUUGUGCCACAGGCUUACAGUGGAACACCUCUAACUGAAGAAAAGGAGAAAAUUGUUUGGGUCAGAUUUGAAAAUGCAGAUUUAAAUGAUACAUCAAGAAAUCUGGAAUUUCAUGAAAUACACAGCACUGGGAAUGAACCACCAUUGCUGGUAAUGAUUGGCUACAGUGAUGGAAUGCAGGUCUGGAGCAUCCCUAUUAGUGGGGAAGCACAGGAGCUCUUCUCUGUUCGACAUGGCCCAAUUCGAGCAGCUAGAAUCUUACCUACUCCACAGUUUGGUGCUCAAAAGUGUGAUAACUUUGCUGAAAAAAGACCCCUUCUUGGAAUUUGUAAGAGCACUGGAUCUUCAAGCACAAGUCCAUCUUACUGCUGUGUGGAUCUGUAUUCACUUCGUACUGGGGAGAUGGUCAAGUCUAUUCAGUUUAAAACACCUAUUUAUGAUCUUCACUGCAACAAGCGGAUCCUCGUCAUAGUGUUACAGGAGAAAAUUGCUGCCUUUGAUAGCUGUACUUUUGCAAGGAAAUUUUUUGUUACAAGUUGUUAUCCUUGUCCUGGGCCCAACAUGAAUCCUAUUGCUCUUGGGAGCCGUUGGCUUGCUUAUGCAGAAAAUAAGCUGAUUCGAUGUCAUCAGUCCCGUGGUGGAGCCUGUGGAGACAACAUCCAGUCCUACACUGCCACAGUGAUUAGUGCUGCUAAAACAUUGAAAAGUGGCCUGACAAUGGUUGGGAAGGUGGUGACUCAGCUGACAGGCACGGUGCCCUCAGGUGUGACAGAAGAUGAUGUUACUAUCCAUAGUAACUCUCGGCGGAGUCCUCUGGUCCCUGGCAUCAUCACAGUUAUUGACACUGAGACAGUUGGAUUGGGCCAGGUGAUUGUGAGUGAAGACUCUGAUGGUGAUGGCAUUGUGGCUCACUUCCCUGCUCAUGAGAAGCCAGUGUGCUGUAUGGCUUUUAAUACAAGUGGAAUGCUGUUAGUGACAACAGAUACACUUGGCCAUGACUUUCAUGUCUUCCAAAUUCUGACACAUCCUUGGUCCUCCUCACAAAGUGCUGUCCACCAUCUGUACACUCUUCACAGGGGUGAAACUGAAGCCAAAGUUCAGGACAUCUGCUUCAGCCAUGACUGUCGCUGGGUUGUGGUCAGUACCCUCCGAGGUACUUCCCAUGUUUUCCCCAUCAACCCUUAUGGUGGCCAGCCUUGUGUUCGUACUCACAUGUCACCACGAGUAGUGAAUCGCAUGAGCCGUUUCCAGAAAAGUGCUGGGCUGGAAGAGAUUGAACAAGAACUGACGUCUAAGCAAGGAGGUCGCUGUAGCCCUGUUCCAGGUCUCUCCAGCAGCCCUUCUGGCUCACCCCUGCAUGGGAAACUGAACAGCCAAGACUCUUACAAUAAUUUUACAAACAACAACCCUGGCAACCCCCGCCUCUCUCCUCUCCCCAGCUUGAUGGUCGUGAUGCCGCUGGCACAGAUCAAGCAGCCAAUGACAUUGGGGACCAUCACCAAACGGACAGGGCCUUAUCUCUUUGGAGCGGGGUGUUUUUCCAUAAAAGCUCCAUGCAAAGUUAAACCACCACCACAAAUUUCACCCAGCAAAUCAGUAGGCGGAGAAUUUUGUGUGGCUGCUACAUUUGGGACAUCCAGGUCAUGGUUUGCAAAUAAUGCAGGUCUGAAAAGGGAAAAAGAUCAGUCCAAGCAGGUUGUCGUUGAGUCUCUCUACAUUAUCAGUUGCUAUGGAACCUUGGUGGAGCACAUGAUGGAGCCCCGACCCCUCAGCACUGCCCCCAAGAUUAGUGAUGACACCCCACUGGAAAUGGUGACAUCCCCUAGAGCCAGCUGGACGCUGGUUAGAACGCCUCAAUGGAACGAAUUGCAACCACCAUUUAAUGCAAACCACCCUCUUCUCCUCGCUGCAGAUGCAGUGCAGUAUUAUCAGUUCCUGCUUGCUGGUGUGGCACCCCCUGGAAGUCCUGGGCCCAUUACUCGACAUGGGUCCUAUGACAGCUUAGCCUCUGACCAUAGUGGACAGGAAGAUGAAGAAUGGCUUUCGCAGGUCGAAAUUGUAACACACACUGGACCCCACAGACGUCUGUGGAUGGGCCCACAGUUUCAGUUUAAAAUCAUCCACCCUUCUGGCCAAACCACAGUCAUAUCAUCCAGUUCAUCUGUGUUGCAGUCUCAUGGGCCAAGUGACACUCCACAGCCUCUUUUGGAUUUUGAUACAGAUGACCUUGAUCUCAACAGUCUCAGGAUCCAGCCAGUCCGCUCUGACCCAGUCAGCAUGCCAGGGUCAUCGCGUCCAGUCUCUGACCGAAGGGGAGUUUCUACAGUGAUUGAUGCUGCCUCAGGUAUAGGACUUCUAAAGAAAAUGCAGAACAAGUCCAGAUGCAGUGGUACACACCCAUAAUCUCAGCACAGCGGGAAGCUGAGGUGAGAGCAUUAUGAGUUUGAUCCCACCUGAGCACUUAAAGCAACUUAGUGAGACCCUGUCUCAAAAUUUUAAAAAAAAAAUUUUUUUUUUUUUACAAAGUUACAGAGAUGUUCAGUGUGAAGGUUCUGGGUUCAAUUCUCAGUAUAUCCUGGAGUAGGUGUUGGAGAGGGGUGGAAAGAUAGCUUCCAGUGUCUUGAUGAUGGGUAUUUUUGCUCAAGAGGUGUGGAGUAUAUACCUUUUAGAUAACUUAAUAGCACUUUGACUUGUAGUUGAGUCAUCAAAUCAGAGUCUGUAAAUAUCUGGUUUAUCCUGCGUUUGUUCUGGUUUGUAAUUUUACUGUGGGGAUUAAAGUUGACCAACAAAGAAGAAAAGCAAUUGAGACUGAGGGACAUAUUUGGUUUUCUUCCUUAAAUUUUUAUUUUUACCCACACAUAUUUGCAGUGCCUGACGGUCGUGUCCACCUUGUCGGUACAGGGACAAAGCACUUCUCCCCUCUUUUCCCUCCCUCUGAUUGGUCCUCUUCCCUUUUGUAACAGAUCUGUCUCCUUUAAAGGACAAAUUUAUUACUAGUUUACAUGAAGAAGCGACAUCUUUGUGACUUCCAUUGAAGUAAAAAUUUUGCAAAUAAGUGGUAUAAGAAGUAGUAACAGCAGAGUUUCUGUACAUUCUGGAAGAAGAUGAGAGUCGGGAGGAUGGUUGGAACAGAUAAGUAGAAUGAAUUCUUCAGAGCUGAUCUUGAUAUAAAAGCAUUUCAAUAAAUAUAGACAGAUUUGCCAACCUGGUUACUUUUGUUGUUCUUAAUACAAGAAUUAAUAUUUUUGUUGUGUAAUUGAAAUAAUUAUCAGAAAUGAAAAAAUAUCCAGUUUAGUAUAGUUUUUAAUCACCUUGCUUUUUUCAAGUAUCAAAGUAGUUUUCUGGCAGAAAUUGUGAACUUAAAAUCCCAAACUGAUGUUAUUUGAUUCAUUUUAUAUGGUCAUUUGGUGCCUGCUUUUUAUUUUACACUUGGCACAUCAGGCCAAAACUGAUUUGGGAUUGUGGGUGUAGCCCAAGGGUAGAGCUCAUCCUUAGUGCGUAUGGGACCCUAGGUUCUAUCCCCCGAAGCAAAUAAUACAUUUUAGAGAGAAAUGAUUGGGUGAGUGGCCAGGACGUUAUUAAUUGACCAGUUUUCAUGUUAUCUUGCAGUCAGCUCUGUGUGGGAGAGUCUUUCUUAAAGAGCUACUUUUUACCUUAUGGAGGCUUUCCUGAUGCCCUGAGGGAAGAGCAUUCCUGAGGGUUCUAUUUCACUGCAUCCAUGGUUGCCAUUCUAACCUGAGUUGUACAGACUCAGCCACCAUAUUUUAAAGCCAUCAGAGAUGCAGAGAUGCUGGUGGUAGGAAGUAAAGAGAUUUGUAAAGAGAUACCGUUCGGUUUACCAUGGUGAGGCUGUAACCUCAGUGAUCCCAAAACUAGAAAAAUUACAAAGCCAUGGCAUUUAAAAUCGUAGUCUUGAACUUUUGCCAAAACCUUGUUCAACAAGUCAUUUUUUUUCUAACCAUUUCUCGCUGCAACAAUAAGUAGAAUUAAGGUUUUAUUUGCAAAAUUCUAUUUCAUCUUUUUUGGAAAGGAUGUGUUCAAGUUAUUUCAUAAAAUAACUUUCAGUUAUCAAGCAUAUAAAGUUAUUUCAAAAUAGAAAGUCAUUUCUUUGAAUAAAUGAUGUGGCUUUCAAUUAAUAGCUUUUAAGCUAUUUUUUGUUUAUGGGGUGCACACCUGUAAGCACUCAGGAAGCUGAGGCAGGAGGAGUGCAUAUUUGAAGCCAGGCUGGGCUGCAUGGCUAGUUCAUGACCGCUUGCACUAUAUAGUAAAACCCUGUUUCAGAAAUGGGAAAAAAAUUCCUUGUGAUUAUAAAGUGAUGAAAACUCCAGGCUUGUACCGUAGGUAUUCAAAGCCAGUGUGGGAUCAGUAAGAGGAUUAAGGAAAAGGGUGAAAUUAAAAGAAGGCUCAGAGCUGACCUGUGAACAAUCCCUCAGAGGGGAAACAUAUUCAAACUCAGAUGUUAAGAUCCUAUUAGAUAUGACAAAAGUGUGUGUAUUAAAUCAGCUCUAAUCUUUUGAACACCUAUUAUCUAUAUAAAAUCAGCAGUAAAUUUUAGAGAUUAAGAGCAGAGGGAAAAAGACUUGACUUGCCUAUAAAGGAACAUACAGUCAUAUCUCUCUUCUGAUUUAUAUAUUCUUAUCAUCCUUCUUUCUAAUAUUUAUAGGCUGUUAGAAAAAUGAAGUCAAGUUACCAAUCAGGAAAAAUUUAGCUCAGCACAAUGAAGAAAAAAGGAUUGUCCCAAAUGAAGAUGCAGAGGGGACAAACAAGGAGAAACGGGUGGGAGAGUUUCUUUUGAUGUAGCUCCUGCAUAAACUUGCAUCCACUGAAACCGUGCGGAAGCACUCUAUAUUGCAAGUACUAAGACCCUGACAUGAGUCUAGGUCUUUGAUAGUAACUUCAAAAAGGAAUUGAUGGAUUCCACCCACUGUUGUUGUGCUAGGGUACCAUGUAUUUACACAGGAUUUUUUGACCAAAAGACCCUAAGUUUUUCUGUUUUGAACCUUUAUUACCACAUCCCUAACAUGAGUCGGGACUGUUUAGAUAGUGUGUUGUUGAGACUGUGAUUAUAUGUGGACAGCGUUGGGGGCAGUAUUAGAAGUUGUUUACGUCUGAGCCGGGAAUUCCAUUUGUCUUAGUGACAUAAGUGUCAAACUGUUAGUGGCAUACUAUUUUAAAUUGUGUCCAAGAGCCUGAGGGGCUUAUGUUUAUAGGUGCCAUCUGUAAACUUAGAAGCAAAUCAAGAGUCCAUUGGAUAAUAAGUCCGAAGAGCAAUUAAAGAGCAGCCUUGACCCUCACCUGGAUUCCUAGUUAGAAGCAGAGCUCCCGAAACUCUCUUGGAUAUAGUUGAGAAUUGUCACAGAAAAGCUAAAGUAAAUAAUCAGAGUGAAAAUAACUGUUUCAGAGAAAAGCUUUGCUCUGGAGGCUCAAUUUAAUGGGAAGAAUAAACAUGACUACCGUGAAUCAUUGGUUCUAGUCUCUGCUCUGCCUGUAAGUCCCUUUUUGGUGGAUUGCCUCAAAAUCUAGUGCAUUUUGGUGAGGACCUGAAUUCCCAGUUACAUGGGAAGUUGAAGUAGGACGAUUCCGUGAGCCCUGAGACUAGUCUGGGCAACAUGGCAAGAACUGCCUCACAAAAAACAAACAAGCAAACAAACAAACAAACAAAAAGUAACCCCUAAUUAAUUUUUCCUUAAAAUGAGGGAGUUGAACUAGGUUAUUUCUACAAUUCCCUUCAGCUAAGAAAAAAAAAAUUGGUGAAUCUGUACUUGCAAUCAAUUUUGAAGAUAAUUACAGAAUAUUGUAUGUAGAGAAAAAUGCCCAUAUGUUAGCAUGUCCAUGUGAGUACUGCCAGGCUAACAUGUAGAACACAGUGUUUUCAUCAGCCCAGAAAUUUUCUCUGUACUCCUUCUUGUUAGCACUAUCUCUAACAGAUAGGUUAACAACUUUUGUCACCACAGAUUGGCGUUGCCUGUGUUGAGCUUCAUGUGAUUGGAAUGAUUGCACACACACAUUUUUAUGUCUUGCUUCUUUUCCUCAACGUAGUGAUUUAGAGAUUAAUUUAGUUGUUACAUGUGCCACCAGUUAAUAUCUAAUAUUGCAGUACAGUAAACAUUAGGUAAAUAGACCAUAAUUUAUAUAUCUAUUUUUAGCUUUGGUACUAGGAAUAAAACUGCUUUACACAUUCUGGUACAAGUCUUUCUGUUUUUUUUUUUUAACCAUAUGCGCACAUUUUUGGGGCAUAUAUCUAGGACUGGAAUUGAUCAGUCACAGGAGUUUCUCCUUUCCCCCUGUCUUUCCUUUUGAACAGUUUCUUUCCUUUUCCCUUUCACAGUAUCUAUUAUACAUUUUGGAUCUUAUUUACUCUUUCAUUCAAGAACUUUUUUUGGAGAUAGGGUCUCACUAUGUAAGCCAGGCUGUCUUUGAACUCACUAUGUGGCCCAAGCUGACCUCAGACACCAGGGAUCCUUCUGCUGGAGAUCCUUCUGCUGUAGACCCUCCUGUGGCUGGACUAUAGGUGUGUACUACUAUGACUGAGAAAAGCUCAGUUUCUGACUGUAACUACCACGUCUUUAAGUAUCAUGUCUGUAUCUGUUACCAGCGUCUGACUCCCACAUGGGCCCUUUUUCCCUUUGGGAAUUGUGGAACCAAUAACAAGACUAAAUGCCAGUUCAGCAGUGAAGAAGACUUUAUUGUUGGCCGAGAAUAGGAAGUGGCAGAUGCAAUGAUGUAAGCUUGUAGUCUCAGCAUUUGGAAGUUUGAGGCAGAAGGAUUGUGAGUUCAAGACCAUCCUGGGCUACACAGCAAGACCCUAUCAGAAAGAAAGAAGAGAGAGACAGACAGACAGACAGACAGACAGACACAGAAACAAAGAGAGAGAGAGAGAGAGAGACAGAGACAGAGAGAGAGAGACAGAGAUAAAUUAAGAGGUGAAACUUGCCAGGUAUGGUAGUGCACACCGGUGAUUCCAGUACUUGGGAAACUGAGGAAGGAGGAUCUAGAAUUUGAGGUUAACCUGGCCAGUUUAACUGGUUUGCAAGACCCUGUCUCAAAAUGAAAACCCAACAGGGCUGGGGAUAUAGUUCAGUGCAAAGGCCCUGGGUUUAGUCCCCACUACCAUUAAAAACAGAUUGGAUGCUGGGAGUGGUGGCACAUGCUCGCAAUCCCAGAACAUAGGAGGCUGAGGCAGAGAGAUUGCUGUGAGUUUGAGGCCAGCCUGAACUAUAUAGCAACACACCACCUCAAGGAAAAAAAAUUAUCAAAAAUCUCUGCAUUUGAAAUGAACAUAUAUAAUUUCUUAAAUAAUAUAGAGUAAUAAAUAUUUACAUGGCAUUACACAUAAUAGUUCAAAAUACCCAGGAGGAUUUGCAUAGUUUCUAUGCAAAUACAACAGCAUGUCAUGUAAGAGACGUGCGUGUGUAUAGAUUUUGGUAGCCAAAUGAUAGUUCUAGGACCAGCGCCUUCCAAGGACAUGGAAGGAUCACUGUCUGACUAGUGUUAUAAAGUUUUAGGAUGCUGGAGUCUCCUUCUACAAGUAAUUUCUAGGUUCUUUCUGUCCUGAACAAAAAACUGUUUGAGACAAGGGUAAAAUGUAGCAAGGUUUUCAUUUACUGAAGAUAGGAAAAGAAAAGAAGCGUGUUCUACAGAGCUUGUGGGGACAAUUAAACAUAGAAAAGAAAUGCACUCUGCAGGAUAAAGUGGAUCAGUGCAAAAGAGAGAGCACAGUGGCCAGGAGGAAGAGGCACCAUCUUUUGUAUUUCCCACUCCGCAGGCUGACAUCAGGUCUGGGCCGUGCUAUGGCCAACCUGCUUGAGUUCUCAGUAGAGGAACUGAAGACUGCACGUUGAUUGGUUCCAAGUGCAGGGCUUUGGUAACUGUUUUGUGUGUGUCCUGGAACUCUCUGCUGUAAACAGGGCAGGCCAACUUCCCCUGGCAGUUUGCUGUAUCCUAAACUCCUACCUUACUAAUACCCCAGCAGUAUUGUAAUGGUUUCUUUUUAGGACAGGAGUACUAGGUUUUAGUUUUUGUUUCUUGGAGUUAGUUUUUGGCUUUUUUUUUUUUUCUGACAUAGAGUCUUUUUGCAAGAAUUUGCUACACAUUUGGGACCUUUUGAAAUUCUUAAAACAGCGAAGUACUUAUUUCCAUUGUUACUGCUUUUAUAUUUUGUGUUUUAUGCUCAUACAAAUUUCCCUUUCUUCACGUCUUGAAGAAAUUCUUCAAGAAAUUGUAUAUUUAUAGUUUUAGCUGUUACAUAGAGGACUCUGAUCCCCUUGAAAUUAAUUUUUGUUAUGAUACAAGGCAGGGAUCAUGGUGUUCCAUACAGAUACCCAGUUAUUCAGUUAUUCUAGCACUAUGCAUCACAGAGAUGUUCUUUUCUCACAAGGAACUGCAUUGAUGCAUUGUUUUUUAAAAAAUAUUUUAAAAUCAGUUUUGUUGGCAAACACCUAACUACACCUACUUGAGAAGGAGGCUGAGGCAGCAGGAUUAGAUCGUAAGUUCAAGACUAGCCUGGGAAAUUUAGCAGGACCCUAUCCCAACAUUAAAAAAGGGGUGGGGAUGUGACUCAGUGGUGGAAAACUUGCUUAACAUGCAUGAGGCCCAGAUUCAGUCCCAACUGCCACCAGAAAAAGAAAUUUAUUGGUUCUUUUCUAUUUUAUUGAUUUAUCUGUGGUAUGAUCAAAAUAUACAGUGAAUGCUUAAAUUUUUUUGUGUGUGUGUUUUUUUCGGUACCAGGGAUCGAACUCAGGACUGCCUGCUUGCAAGGCAGGCGCUUUUGCCGCUGAGCUAAAUCCCCAGCUCCCUUAAAUUUUAAAAAGUAUUAUAGUAAACAAUACAUUGCCAUCCACUCCUCUCACAGUGCCCUCUGUCACUUUGAACACAUUUAUUCCCUUAUUCUUGCCACUUUCUGAGAUAGUUCUGGAGUCCUUUCUGUGCGUGUUACAGGGGAUAAUAAAAAUUGCAAUGAACGCUGCUGCUGAGUGCCUUCCAGCAGAAAGACAGACUUGAUAAAAACAUUGCUUUCCCUCUUUAUUCACUUUAUUUGGCACCAUGUAACUUCUAGGUCUUCCUCAAAGUCAAAAUGACCAUGAAACAUCAACAUUUUGAGUAAAUUCAGGACACUGAAGCAGCCACAACAGUACAACUAAAGAUGCUGUUAAAGACCCAACUGAGGAAAACCCAAAGAGCAACUAGUGAAAACUGCAGACCAAUCUCUGUAAUAAACACAGAUGCAGAAAUACAGAAUGCAGCAUAUCAUUUAAAAGAUCGUGCAUCUUAACCAAGUAAAUUUUAUCCCGGGGGUGGAAGGAUAGUUUAACCUGUGCAAGUUAAAAUACAUAAUACAGAAGCAAGCACAAAAAUCAUAUGUGCACCUCCAUAGACACAGAAAAUGUAUGACCAAACCCAACACCCAUUUGUCAUUAAAAAAAAAAAACUGAGGAAAAUAGGAAUAGUGAAAUACGUACAGUGUAGAGGGAACUUAACCUGAUGAAGACCACUUAUGACAAGCCUACUGGCAACAUCAUAUUAAAUGGGAAAAACUGAAAGCCUUUCCUCUAAAAUCAGGAACACAAAGACAAGGAUGUCCACUAUCAUUCCUUCUGUUCAAUAUAUUACUCAGAAUUUUGACCAGUGCAAUCACAAAAGAGAAAGAAAUGAGGGGUAAAUACAAGAAAGGAAGUAGUCAAAUUAAUGUAAUGCACUGAUGACAUGAUCCUUUACAUAGAAAAUCCCAAAAUUUUCACCAAUAAAUUACUAUAAUUAAUAAUCAGGAUCAAUGUAACAGGAUACAAAAUCAGCGAAAUCAGUAAUGUUCCUAUAACCCACUAACGUACUCACCAAAAAAGAAAUUAGAAAAAAUACCAUUCACAAUGACUUCAAGAAAAAUUGCUUAUUAACCUAACCAAGGGUGUGAAAAGACCUCUAUAAUAAAAAAUAAAGACAGUACCCUGAAAAAGGAGACUGAAGAAGACAUCAGAAGAUGGAAAGAUACCCCUAUUCCUGGAUAGGCAGAGCCGAUAUAGUCAAAAUGAUACUGGUAUACAGUACUUCCAAAACUCAUAUAGAGUUAAUGCAACCCCAGUUUAAAUACCAGCAGCAUUCUUCACAGAACUAAAGGGCAGUACUAAAAUCAUAUGGAAUCAGAAGAGACCCAGAACAACAAAAGCAGUCCUAAGUUACAAAGGCAGAAGGUAUCACAACCCCAAAUUUAAAGUUACUUUACAAAGCUAUAUGAUAUAAACAGCAUGAUGCUGGUGUAAAAACAGACAUACGGAUCAGUGGAACAGAGUAGAAGAUGCAGAAACAACUCCAGGAACAUUUCAUCAUCUGAUCUUUGAAAAGGGAGCAAAAACAUACAUUGGUGGAAAGGUAGCCUUUUUAACAAAUGAUUGAAGCUGGUUAUCCUCAUUUAGAAGACUGAAUCUAUAUAGUAAACCAAAACCAAAAUGGAUCAAAGAGCUGGAUAUUAAGACAGGAACACUAAGACAAAAAAACAAAACAAAACAAAACAAAAAAAAACAAACCCUGGGGAUGGAGGUUUGGCUCAGCGGCAUAAGCGCCUGCCUUGCAAGGGUGAGGUCGUGAGUUUGAUCCCUGGUACCGAUAAAAAGGAAAAACACACACACACACACAAAAAGACAGGAACACUUACUCUACGGAAAGGUAAAACAUUUAAAGACACAGGUGGAGGUAAAGACUUCUUUGAACAGAACCUGUUACAUAAGAAGUAACAUUAAGAAUCAACAAAUGGGACUAUAAUAAAUUAAAAGGCUUCUGUGCAGCAAAGGAAACAAAGUGAAAAAGACAACCCACAGAAUGGGAAAAAAGUUUUGCCAGCUACUCCUCGGACAAAGGAUUAAUAUCUAUAAUAAAUAAAUAAUUCAGAAAAAUUAGACCUCCAAAAAUAAAAUACACAGUUUUAAAAACGGGCAAUUGAAGUGAAUAGACACUUCUCAGAAGAAGUACAAGUGGGGCUGGGGAUUUAGCUCAGCGGCAUAAGCACCUGCCUUGCAAGCAGGCAGUCAUGAGUUCGAUUCCCGGUACCAGAAAAAAAAAAAAAAAAAGAAUACAAGUGGCUAAUAAAUACAUGAAAAUAUGUUCAACAUAAUUGGCUAUGAGAGAAAGAAAUUAUGAUGACACAGAUUUCACCUUACUUCAGAAAGAAUCACUGUUAUCAGUAAAUCAAAUAAUAACUACUGCCAGCAAGGCAUUGUAGAAUCUUUCUCCAUUGUUGGUGGGAAUGUAAACUAAUAUAACCACUAUGAAGUCAGCAUAGCAAUUCCUCAGGAAAAUAAAAAUGGGAAUCCCAUUAGACCAAAUUAUUUCUCUUCUAGGCGUGGCCUGAAAAUAGUGAAAGACAUUGUCAUAUUGCAGUAAUUACAUGUGUGUCCAUGAUUAUAGCAGCACAACCUAUAAAAUCUAAAUCUUGGAAGCAGACUACAUGUCCAUUAACGGAGAAUGGUUAUGAAAAAUGUCAUAUAUUGGAGAGAGAACCAGGAAGCACUGCCCUCCAGUGCACCAGCCGUGGUUAAGCCAGCUGGGAGAGAACCAAGAAUCAGUGCCCUCCCCAUGAGUCAGCCAGCGCAUGGAUAGGGAGAGAAGACACACACACACACACACACACACACACACACACACACACACACACACAAAGCAACCAGCUGAUUUAGAGGAACACAGGCUGAGAUGAUAGCAACUGAAGUAAAGAAACAACUUAAUGCUGUAUCCUUUGAUUGACUUGGCAGACUACGGUCUGAGCUCUAGUUAGGAAUAACAAUGUGCAAUAUAGUAACUAUUUUGGAUUUCCUACUGUCUUAAUUUCGAAGUCCAGUCCGGUAUCAUUCUCAUUGUUUUGAAUGGUUUAAUUCCCUUUAAAAUUUAAAAAAGAAAACGUUAUAUAUUUACACAAUAGAGUAAUAAACAGGUAUUACUUGAGUCAUUUGUAGGAAAAUGAAUGUACCUUGAGACCAUAAUUUUAAGUAGAAUAAAUCAGGUACACAAAAAUAAAUAUCACAUGAUUUCUAAUAUAUGAGAAACCUAAAUUAUAAAGUACAACAUAAAAGAAUAUGAAGUGGGGAGAUAGGGGAGCCAAAGAUGGUGGGAGUGGGGUGGGGAGGGUGUACAAGGGAAUUAAAAAGAAUCAAGAUGUGCUCUGAACAUGUUCCAAGUGCCCACAAGGAAUAUUAUCAUUAUGUAUAACAAACAUGCCAAAAAAGAUAUGACCAGAAAAAUGCUAUCAGUAUAUUCUGUUCUUUAAUAACUAUGUAUAACAGAUUUAGGUCAACUUUCAGAUUCUUCCACUAAACAAUGUAUCACAAUAAAUUGAAUGCCUGGGCAGAUUGUAAGUCCAGCUCUUGUUUGUUUUAGAGGUGCCCCACCCUCCAACAGUUAACAAGUUACUUUUACUUUUGGUUUAAAACAUGUUCUUUUACUUUAAAAAGUGCUAUUUGUUUUACUAUAUAAAGACUUUUAAAAAACAUUUGUUAAUACAUAAAUGUCAAAUGUUGGUGUAUAAAAUGCAUGUAAACCAAAGACCUUUGGGGUCUUGAAUUUUUUUUCUACAAAAGGAUCCUGAAUUAAAAAGCAUUGAAUCACUGAUGCAUAUAUGCUCACACCAACAUGCACUUACAUGCUAAAUAAUCAGUUUAUGCAUUUCCAUGGAAAUUCUGGUGACAUUUGAUUGGGAUUUUAUUGAAUCAAUAGAUCAAGUUUGGGAGAGGUAACAUCUUUAAAAUGUGGACCUAAUUGUGCGUGGUGGCACACACCUUUAUCCCUGCUACCUGGGAGGCUGAGGUGAGAUGAUCUGUUGAGCCUAGAAGUUAAAGGCAAGCCUGGAGACAUCAUGAGAUCGUGUCUGUUAAGAAAACAAACACAGAAACCAAAAAUAAAAAAUAAAAUAAAUCCUCAAUAUAUAAACCUUUAUAACUGCCCAUUUAUUUAGAUAUGUUGUAGCUCUACUAAUAUUUGGUAAAUUUCAUUGUAAAAAUCUUAACCAUAUUUUUAAAAAUUACUAGUUUUUAUUAUUUGGCGUUUUAUGCUAACAUAUAUACCAUAUUUUAUUUCCUUUUUCAGUUUUUUCUUAUAGAAUAUUGAAUAAUAUAUUUUUUGUUUAGUGAACUGGCAUUCAAAAGCCUAAAUUCAUUUAUCAAUUCUAGUAGAGUCCUUAGACUUCCUGUUAUAUAUCUUAAGUCAUCUACAAAUAAAAUUGAUUUUCUUUUCAUACUUUAUAGUUUCUAUUUCUUGUUUGCCCAUAUUACACUUGCCUAGAUUUCCAUAGAAGCACUGAAUAGAAAUGGUGAUUUUGAGCAUUUUUGCUUUCCUAUAAUCGUGGGAUGAAGAGCUUUUACUUCAAUAUCAAGCAUCAUGUUAGUUGUAGGCUUUUGUAUCAUAUUUAGGAAAUUUCCAAUAUUGUAAUGAGGAAAAUAUGGACAAAAUCUGAAAAAGAAGCUAACUUACAGUUCAGAUGAAUUGAAUGAGUUACAGUGGUGGUAAAUUUAUGGCACAUGUGCCAUAACCAGCUGUUUGGCAUCGCUGAAAGCUCUAAGAGGUUCACCACCAUCGAGCCUCCACUAAGAUGGAAUCCUGGAAAGGGUCAGGGACUCAAAACAGCUACAAAUUUAGUUAAAACAGCUGAAAGAGAGAAACAGUUACGUAAAAUUGAGGCUGAGGAGUGUGUGGGGGCAAUAGAAACUGUCUACUUGUUUGUUGCUUAUGGAAGAAAACAGAAGAAAUGGGCAAAAUAAUUGUAUGAAAAGUUGAAAAUUUUCCAGAAUUAAUGAAAGGCAUCAACUCAGAUGUCUUAAGAAUUUACUUGCUCCAAGUAAAAUAAAUAAAAAAAAAAAAACUACACAUGAGUGUAUCACAGACUUUUGGAAUCUGGACAUAAAGCAAUUUUAAUAAGCUUCUGAUGCUUUUUUUUUCUUAGAUUCAUAUUGAGGUAACUACAAAUUGGAAAAGUAACCAGAUGAUUUUUAACCUUGCUUGGCAGGAUGAGGUCCCUGUGUCAAAAUAGUUAAAAGCUCUAUGAGAAAUUUUCAGGAUAUUUGCCAGUGCAGAGAGGGAAAAUCUAUUGGAAAUCAGUAUUUGAAAAGCAAGAGCCCCAACACUGUGCAAAGUGUUUUUAUGUGUCGCAUCUCAUUUAAUCUUAUUUAAUUAGGAUCACUGGUCCAUUUCAGAAAUACUGAAAGACUAAGACCUAGGACACCUCACUCCUGAUACUUAGAAUUACCCAAAGUGCAUUAUGGUGACACCUCAGAUAAGCCCAAAUCUCUUUCUGUCCUGUCUGAUCAAAUAUUCAUUUCCAAACACUGUCUGCUGAAAUGAGCCACGUGGGAGUUCAAGAGAAUCAACUAUUCAGGUGGUGAAAAUGUGUGAAUGCAGCUGGCAGAUGAAGGUGCAGUGUGUUGAAUUCCCAGCUUGUCCUUACUGCUUCAGGCAACAACUGACAGGCCUGACUGGUCAUUGGCUUUUCCAUUUCUGGCAUUGAUAGGACAGAAAAUUCUUAGUGUCACGGAUACUUAAAAGCUAUCCCUGUUAUAGUGGCUACACACAGCGCUGGAGGGUCCUUCUUCCAUAGAGAUGUAAUCAAUAUGGUUUGGAGUUCUUGACCUGAACCUAUAAUUAUUUGGACAGUAUAAAUGUAGCUUGUUGUUACAGAAAAUGCUUAUAUCCAGGACAGUGGGGCUAAUUUGUGCAUGGAGCGGAGAAAAAUAGAGACAUUGUUCUUUGUAGUCUUUAUAAUAUUUAAGAGAAUUUCAUAACAGUCACAGAACCAGGGUGGUAUUAUAGGACUAGAACAUUGUAUCUUUAGGGUUUGGGGUGCUAAAAUUUAAAUACCACUUCUGAAUGAUGGUGUCUUGCACACUUUUUUAUAUAAUGUUCUGCAGCAUGUGAUUGUGAUCUUCUAAUAUCAAACUAGAUUUUUUUCAGUGACUAAAAUGACUAUAUUUGUGAGGCAAACGUGAUAACCACUACACUACGGAAAUGGAUAAAAAAUGACUAUGUUUGAACUGAGCCUUUAAAUGAUAACACAUUUGAGCUUGACCUAUUCUUGGAGCUAAGUGAUAAGCUGAAGAGUGAAUCAGGUAAGCAGACUUUGUACAUCCAUGACCCGUGUUUAGGAGUGAGUACCAGGAGGUGACACUGGCUGCAGUUCUUAUGUUUCUGUUUUUAUCAUUGUUAAUAUUAGAAAUACUUUGUGCCAUGUUUAUCAUAAGAGUGGAAACAUAAAGUGUACUGACAGUAGCUGUACAUACUGACUUCUUUGUCCCUGACAUAAGAUACCUGGCGCUGUUAUCCAUUACAGUAUUGGAGCACUCUUUACAUAGGAUGCCUGGGAAAAGGGGAGAGUAAUGCCUUGUAAUAAAAGGUCUUUGAGAACUUACAUGGCCUUUGUAUUUCCCUGUGCCUGGUUUUGUAGGGCAAGAGCAAAUAAUUAGUAUUAGUUAUAUUGCUGAUUUCUGAUAAAACAUAAACCUUUGUACCAUAAAGUGAUUCAAAGUUGAUAGUUGUAUUUUUAUCUCUGUAUUACUUGAAGUUGUAUAAUGCUUUCUGUUUUUGUUGGUUUUUUGUGAGACAGGAUCUCACUAUGCAGUUCAGGCUGGCCUUGAACUCACUGUGUAGCCCAGGUUGGCCUCAAAUGCACAGAAAUCCUUCUGCCUCAGUUUCCCAAGUGCUGGGAUUAUGGGUGUGCACUACCACACCUGGCGAGGAUCAUGCUUUCUGGACCUGUAGUGCUAUCUUUUAUUCACCAUCCAUUUGUGUGGGCCUAUGUUAAACUGCGUGAUUAAAAUAUGUUAUGGAGUGUUUUAAAUUACCUUUUAUGUCAUUCUUCUAAAGCUGCGUAUGUUUAAACAGAAUGUUUCUCAUCCUUGAUCAGUUUUAUUUUAGACACACAAUAAAAAUAGAAGAACUAAUAGCUCUCAACUUAAUUGUGCCUUGAACUAAUAGGCUGAGUGUAGAACUUUAAAGUUAUCUUUGUACAACAUUCAGUGUAACCGGUUUCUGCUUUCUGGAAUCUACAGUUAACACUGGCAGACAUCUAAUAAAAGUAACCAUGCUGUUUUCUUCUGGUCAUGCUAGGAUAAUUUUCAGUCAUACCAUUUUAGGAAUUUUUGGGCUGUCUUUUUAAGUAGCCAGUCUUAGACCCAGAAUGUUGACAUGUAGACAUCUGACCCAAGUUCUAUGUAGCCAAUAAGAUUUUUUGGAAGACUUGGCAAAAUUAGUAAGUCAUUAUAGUUUAUGGACUUAUGCUUUCUUGGGGGUGGUUUUGAGGAGUACUGGGAAUACAGCGCCUUUAUACUGAGCUACAUCUACCCCUUUACAUGUGAAUGUAAAUGUAAAUUUGUGUAUACAUUUGACGUCUGCCUAAAUUGCUGACUCAGACUUGUGAUCCUCCUGACUCAGCUUCCUGAAGUACGUGCAAUUGCAGACAUAUGCUACCAUGCCUGGCUAAAUAAUCUUUUCUUGACAUGAGUUUAAGUAGUUUUCAACGGAAGAAUCUUUGCAUCAUGAGGAAGUGAAUUCUUCUACUUUUUUCUCUGCCUGAGGAGGACACAGCAAACCGUUUGAUACUCUUCCUGUGUCAGAAAUUCUCAGCCAUGAGUGAAUACCUCUAGAACUUUUAUUGCCACAGGAGUAGCCCAGUUCCUGAAUCUGAGGGCCUAACCCACAGAACUGACUGUGAUGUCUGAGCCUUGCACUUUGCAGUGAAACUAGUUUUUUUUUCUAUUCUUAAUUUCAGUUUUCUCCUUUGGUUAAAUUAUUUUCUUCUCCAUUGUGGAACAUUUACUGUUAUUUUUAUCAUUCACAUUAAAGUUUGUUGGGCAUCUUUUUCCAUUCUGCAAGCUCAUCAUUGUAUUCCUGUUGCUCCCUAAAUGGUUCUGACACAUUAUAAGCACGGAAUAAAAGUUAAUGAAUUCAGCAUUUCAGCAAGAAACACUGAAACCAAAGUUUUGUGUUUGACUGGAAACAGUAAUUACCUCCUCACCAGGAACUAAAAGACUAUGGAACAGAAGUAGGGAGACCAUUUUUUUCAUUGUAGUCUUUUAAAAGAUGAAUACAUUAUCUGUGCAAAAACCAUAAAUAAAAGUCUAUUUUUAACACAUAUCAGAUUUUUCAGAACUUUUAAUAAUUGAAGAAAGUGAGGCCAAGGGAUAUUACAUAAUUUGUAUAUUGAAAAGAAGAAAUUUUGAUCAUCAUCACAACCAAAACAGUCUAACUUGAUUUUACUCAUGUAACCAUCAGUAUGCUUAUGUGACCUAGGAAUUACCUUUUUUCUUUUCUUUUCUUUUUUAUCGGUCCUGGGGAUCGAACUCACAGCUGCCGGCUUGCAAGGCAGGCGCUUAUGCUGCGGAGCUAAAUCCCCAGCCCCUUUUCUUUUCUUUUUAAGGGACAGAGUAUUAUUAUGUUGCCCAGGUAAGCCUCCAACUUCUGGACUCAAGCAGUCCUCCUGCCUGAGUCUCCUGAGAUAUUUAUCCUUAAUAUCAUAUACCAUGUUUAUUAUGGAAGUCACAAAGUGUAUCAGUUCCAUCCUUGAAUGGCAUCUCAGUUUUAAAAUGCCAUUGACAAGUUGAGUAUGGCAAAGCAUACCUGUAAUCCCACUUUAGAGGAUAAGGAAACAGGAUCAGAGGUUGAAGGCCACCCUGGGUAGCUUAUUGAUACCCUGUCUCAAAAUGAAAAUGAAAAGGGUAAGGAUGUAGCUCAGUGGUAUAGCAGUUGCAUACCAUGCCUUGAGGCCCUAGUUUCAGUCUCCAAUGUUGCAAAAAAUAAAAUAUCAAGGGGCAAAACCUCUUAGAUGAGAUUUUGUUGAUUGUAGACUCUUUAUUACUUUUUUGUGGCUUACUGCAGCUUCCAUGCAGGUCACAGAGAGACCUACCCCUUAAGUACUACACAGGUAUUUUCAGCUAUUAAAGCCCCUAUUAAUCAAGUAAUGGCUUCUCCAGCUGGGAAAGCCUUCCUCUAAAGAAUAGUGAUUGCCCAAGGUCACAUUUCUUUUCCAUCAGAGAUGCAAACUACAGAAAUAACAGUGUCUGAAACUCAGAAUUCGUUCUGUAUUCUGGGACUAGGGGAUGCGGUAACAAGGGGCAGAGUGAUUGUUUCUCUUAGAAAUAUUUAUUGCUUUUUAAAAAUACGUGUUAAUGCUUAGAAUAAUGCAAGGCAUGCACUGAUUCUAAAUGGAGUUGGCACCUUGAUCUUCAAUCAUGGAAUAACAUAUGAGUGAGGGUUCCCAGUGGACUGCUGUACACUACAAUAUUUAUUACUGUAAAGAUCUAAGAGCUCCUACCCACUUUGAAACUUACAAGAGCUGUGCAGACCCCUCCUCAUAUUGUGUUUUCAGGAUUUAAAAUUACUCUUGCUUUUGCUUUGUUUUAUAGUGUAAUUAGAAAUACUUUUCUGACAUAUAAUAAUACUUGAUAUUUAGUAAAUGUUAGGAAGAGCUUAGAUAUGAAAGUAUGUCUGAAAUAUAUAUGUAUUAGCAUUUCAUUUCUUGCAAAUUAAUGUUUGAGGACUAUAAAACCUAUAACUGGCUGAUUUCAUGCCUUCAUUUUUCAUCUACAAAAUGGUAACUAUUUGGUUGAUGUGAAAUACUAGAAAUACUAGUAAGUCAGAAGGCUCUGUGGUGAUAACUUUACUGCUUCUAUAAUUCAUCAUGUGAUUUUCUUGCUAGUUUGCUUUAACAUAUAUGGCUUCAAGAAUGGAAGGGAAAAGAUUAUGGAAACGUCUGAAUAUAGUACCAUUAACAUUUACAAAAAUAGCUAUAUCAAGUUAAUCUCCUUAGCUGAGAUUAAAUUAUUUUCAGGUUGUUACCAUGAAAAGUAAUGUAAAAAGAUACAUUUUUUCAUUAUGUGUUCUCUUGCUGAGGGAGCCUAUUUGGACUGGUUUAUUCUCUGAAAGUUAUAGAAUUAAAAGUAAAUAAAUGGGAUAUAUAAUAUCUUACUUAAAUCCUUAGCUACAUAUUAAAUCAUAUAUAAUGAACUAAUAGUGGUUUAUGUAACAUUUAAUUGCUUACUACAUUGCUAAGCAUUUCACAUGCAUUAUCUGUGUCAUUCCUCAUAAAACCCAAGAGUUAAUAUAUUGUUAUACUUGCUGUUUUUCAGAUGAAGCUGUAGUUCAGAAAAAUUUAGUAUAAUAACUUUACUUUGAGAUUUUCUUUCUUUUCUUUUUUUUGUGUAUGUCAUUUUGAGACAGGGUCUUGCUAUGCAGUUCAGGAUGACCUUUAGUUCACUUUGUAGCCCAGGCUGGUCUCAAGCUCAUAACAAUCCUCCUGCCUCAGCCUCCCAAGUGCUGGGAUUACAGGUGUGUGCCACUAUGCCUGGCUUCUUUUGAAUUUCUUGAUAGCAUCAUUUAUUGUAGCAUUAUUUCAAAUAUUUUUAAUAAAUGCAUUUUUAGAAUGGACAGAUAUGUAAUAUGUGAUCUUUGUAAUCAAAUAUGUUUGCCUACUAUUUUUGUAGCUGACUAGAUGUGUGACUUUGAUUUUUGUCUAUAACAAGAAUAUAAAUGUACCUAUCUCAUCCGGGCAUGGUGGCACAUGCCUAUAAUCCCAGCACUUGGGAAGCUGAGGCAGGAAGAUCACUGUGAGUUCAAGUUUGAGGCCAGCCUGGGCUACAAAGUGAGUUCAAGGACAGCCUGAACUGCAUAAAGAAACCUGUGUCAAAAAUAAAAACAAACAAACAAGCAAAAAACCGAUCUUCCAUGUUGUGAAAAUUAAUAGAGUUAACAUUUGUACAACUCUGACCACAGUUCAAGAACAUGAAAGUACUAAAUAUUCUCUCCUUCUUCUGUUCAUAGUAGUGAUUGCCUUUACCAUGUCCUGAAGCUUUUGUCUCAUUUGUUGUGUUGUUUCUUUCUCAUGACUGUCCUAUGAAGGCCGCUUGUACUUUUGUCCCUCUUUAGAGUUGAGAAAAACAGAUGUGGUAGGUCUUUGGAUGAAUCUGGCAUCGUUAUUCUGGAGCCUGUGUUGUCACUUCUGUGUGACUGGAUAUGAGAUUAGGUAGUAAAAGCAGCAGGUUAGAAUCUGAUAUUUCAGUUGAGACCUUAUAUCCCUAAAAUUAGCAUCGUCCCUCAUCCCUACCAUCUAGUUCUUCCACUAUUAGAGGAUGCCAGUGGGACAGUAAGUCUCCUGAUGCCUCCUGUAGUAAUUCUGUUGUAAGAGUGUUAGCACACCCUUGUAAAAAUGUUGAUCUUAUGUCAUUGUGUCCAUGUGGGAUAAUCUGAGGCACUUGACAAUCCUUUAAGGGAAAAGACUCACUGUAUUAGUCAGUUCUCCUGUCACUGGGACAAAAUAUCUGACACCUGCAACUUAACAGGGUGAGGUUUAUUCGGCUUCUGGUUUCUGAUGGUUCAGUCUAUGGAGAGUUGGCUGUGAGACAGAAACAGUAUGACAGAAGGACCUAGCAGGGGGAAAACUGCUUAGUCUGUGGCAGUUAGAAAAACAAAAGAACUGGAAGAGCCAGAGGGAGAGAUCCUCUAAUGGCAGACUCCUAACAACCUGCCUCCUUCAGUGGCCUCUACUGAAUUCAAUAUGAGUUCAUCAGUGGGUUGGUCCACUAAUGAUAUUCUGAAGCCCUACCUCUGAACAGGUGAGACUUUCAGGGGACAUUUCAGAUCUACAAUAUGAAAAUCAUUGUGGUUUACUAAGGAAUAUGUUAAAUGUUUUUUUAACUCUAGGAAGAUAUAGUGAUUUGACUUUGGAUUUUGGUCUGCCCUAAGGAAUAAGAAUUAGCACCCAAGCCUCUUUUUCUCCUUAAAAGAAGAGCCUCAAAAUACUUCUGCCCCAGUGGGUUUGACUUACUCUUUGUUGUUAAUGUAAGAACGGUUUUCCUAGUCUAAAAUAAGUCACGAAAUGAGGCCAUUGGUUUACCAGAACAACAGAUCACUCUCCUGAUCAUGUCACACUGGCUGUGUAUAUUUGUUUUGUCUUGGUCUUUGUCCUUUUUUCCUGUCUCUGUUUUGUCUUUUUUUAAAGGUCUUUUUUCUUCUUGCCCUUUCAGUUUGUCUUUUGUCUCUAUCUCUAACUACCCAGUGUUUGUCUGUCUUCUUAUUUUGAUAAUUCUGUUUGAUGUCUGUGAAAGAGUCAGUAUUUCGUAACAGCACCAUAUGCACAAAAGAUGUUCUCUUUGUUUUUCGUGUAAGUUUGGCAGAUCAUUUUUAGCCUGGGCGAGACCUUUCACUGGAGCCCUGGAAGUGUUGAGGUGUAGCUGCCCUCUACUCUUCUCCUUCAAAUAUGACAUUAGUGGUUUUAGGUCUUGCUGACCCUUCUCUAAACCAAAGCUUUAUAGCCUGCUAGAACACUGUGUGGAUUUUCUUUUGAUAUUUUGGAAUGAAAGAAAAAAACUUCUCUGAAGUUACAAAUGGUUUCAUUUACCAAAAUGACUAUUUCAUUUGGAAAGUUUUGUCUUUUCUGUAGAAAUUCCAGGAGUUGGGUGGGCUUGAUGUCCUCUCUCCCGCUCUGUCUCCCCAGCCACACAUUCGUGUCCGCAGAGAUGCCGAGAGCUCUGUUCCAGGUUUCUAGGAAGGGAGAUGUUGGUCAAGGAGUAACGGAGAUACUCUUCUGCUUUUGUCUUAAAUAUUUAGGAAAGACUAUAGCUCUCCAGAACUUUUUCUCGUGUGACUGACAAAAAUUUUCAGUUGAAAUAAAAUAAGGCAACGCCACCAGGCAGCUUUAGAAUAUUUAUUUCAGUGUAGUCUAUGGGACAAGUGCUUUCUAACAAGUGCUGGUCAUUGAUAAUGACUCUGAGGCAGGCUUGGGGAUAUUGAGAUGAGUGCCUUUCAAAUCUGUACCUAGUCUCAUACUUAUCAUGUGAUAGUUCAGUUAGUAAUCUCAUUUAUGUAUGGCCUGUUUUAGUACUUUGAGCUCCAAAUUCAGUUUUAGUUUGUUCGAGAUUCUCUACAGUGCCCCCGUCGACUCUCCUUUGUUAGAGCACUUUAUAAUAAGCAAGUUAUUACAAGCAAGAUACCUUGCUUUCACAAGAUAUUUCAAGGAAGAAGGAAAUGAAAAAUAUUUCUUCUUUCCAUUGAAAAGUGUACUUAAAACUUGCAUGUUAUGUUUUGUUACCAGAAUCACUUCACCUAGCCCUGGUGCAGAGGAUUCUGGAAGUAGGACCCCUACCCUUAAGCUUCUCGUGGGUCCACACGUAACUACAAAAAAUGUAAGAAUUUCCUGGUCGAAGGAAGUAAUGUCCCCUGUUGCUAUACCAGGUCAUGUAAGAAAGCCAACAAUUGCUGAGAACUGGAAAAAUCGUGAAGCUUUUUAUCAUGGGAAAAUGUAUAAUACAUAUUUCAGGUAACCUCUAUGGGUUUGCUCACUGCUGUUGGCUCAGCUGUGGUUUUUAAUGGAGCCAAAUCUGUACCUCCAUCUCUUUCAUUUCCCUCCUUUUAUGAAAAUAAAAAGUAAAUUGGGUGCUAUUUAAAUAUUCUCUCCUUAGGCUUACUGAAAACUACCCCGCCACAGGGUAGAGCCCUUUGGAAAACUGCCUUGCCCCAGCCUACUUUUCCACCCAGGUCGUUUGGCCCAAAACCUGGACUUUGCUUUCUUUAACUUUUAAUUCUUUUAAGCCAAUGAUCAUAGAGGAACUUUGGAGGAGCCUCGUUUUUUAUUUGUGAGGUUUUCAAUAAAAUUUAAGUGGAGUGUGGCUAGAAAACCAAACCCAUGAAAAGCUGUGACUGUGCUGACACUAGAGGAAAAACCUGCAGGAUUCUUAUACCUCUCGGUCUGGGGCGGAGGAGCGCGGGCGGAGGCCGGGAGACCUUCCGUACUGGGACACUUCGGAAAAGGAACUAAGCAGGCUGCUUUGCUUGCAUUGUUUGUCACAUUAUUGUGGUUUUAGUUUUAAAAAUUGUCCUGCUUAUGUACGUGUGUGUUUGUGUAUGUAUGUGUUCAUCCAUUCAUUCUGGAAGUUUUGGAAAAAUACAGAAUCACAACAAAGAAUAUUGAAUAAUCAAUUUAAUUCCACAAAUAUAACUAUCCAUAACAUUUUGUCAUACAACUUCUAUCUAUAAAAUAUUAUCUUAACAGUGUACUAAUAUUUCAAAACUCAUCUCAUUUAUCAGUACAUUUCCUUUAAGUCAUUAAUAAUUUUGAAAACAAAGAUAUUUUAAUGGUGGAUGAAUCAUUUAUUUGUCUAGACUUCUACCAUUAAUUUUUUAGGUUCUUCCUUUUUUAAAAAACCAUAUAAUUCUGUGUGGUCAUCUUCAAUUUUUUGUAUAGGAUAAACCACCAUCAGGUGAAAUUCCUAGGACAGGGUAUAUAUAUAUAUCUCAGAAGUUAUUUCAUACUUACAUAUUGUCAGUUUGUCCUUAGUCAAACUGGCCAGCUUGUGCUCCAUUCAGUUUAGUUCAACAUUGCCUAUUUUCUUCUCUUAGUCAGCCUUGCAUUUUUUAAGGUAGUAUUUCAGUUUGGGAGAAUAAAAAUAGUAGAUAUCUCUCUUACAUUCUGGUGGGCACAUAAAAUAGUAUUAUUGUGUAGCAGGCAGUCAUGAGUUCAAUCCCCGGUACCGAUAAAAAGGAAAAAGACCAAAAAAAAAAAAAAAAAAAAAGUAUUAUUGUGUAUAUCACUUUGCUGAUUCCUGAAAAACUAAAUACAAAAUUCAUGAACCAACAGUUCAGUUCUUAGUUAAAUAAGUGCAAUAAUUGAGAGAAGUGACUUAUAGGAUUGUGUUCAAUGCAGCAUUAUGACAACAGCCAAAAUGUGGAAAUAGUCUGAAUACCUAUCAACAGGUUACUGGAAAAACAAAACGGACACUCUCCAUAAAUAAAGUAUUAUUCAGCCAUGAAAAGAAUGAGAUUCUGAUACAUGCUGUAGUACAAAUGAACUUUGGAAACCUUAUCCCAAAUCAGAAAGGAAAAGACAAACAUGUAGGAGUCCAUUUUUAUAAAAAUAUGUUGUAGGGAAAUUUGUGGAGACAAAAAAUAAAUUAGAAAUUACUGGGCUCUAGGAAAUCAGGACUAUGGAAUGCACAAUGGUUAUGGAGUUUGAAGUGGUUAAAGAGCUUGGGGAAUAAAGGUGACAGUUGCACAAUAUUGGGAAGUCAUUAAUAUUACUAAUUUCUAAUUCUUUAAAAUGGAUAUGGACAUAGAUAGAUAGGUAGAGCUCCACAAACAAAAUAAUCCAAAAUACAUGCAUUUUGUUUUGAGAAAAGUAGUUUUAAUAUUCAGUGAUACCUCAGCCGUCAAAUUCAAUUUGUUCCAAAUGUUUUCCAUAAGAAAUACUGGAAAACCAAAUAAUAAGUUCUAAGACCCAAAAAUUACACCCUAUGCUUUCUGGGCGAGAGCAGUGCUCAGACCAAAGGAAACAUCAGCCCUUUGUGUCCAUGGCGAUUUUGAUGCCUGACUCACUCUGCCCCUACAGAGAGUUUUUCAGUUGGAUUUUUGGUUUGCCUAUCCAGAAAACUUACUUUGAACUUUGCUGUUCAAAUAAUGGAAAGAUAAAGCUUGGAGCCAUUCGGUAACUGAGGUAUCACUGUGUAUUUAUUUAUGUAUUUAAUGACUUGAGGUUUAGAAUUAGAGGAAAUACUAAUUUGCCAUUAACCGUUAUGUUUUGGAGUUUUCUUAUUUUCAGUGACUUAAAAUCUCAUAUAUGGGGAAUAUUAAGCUUUUAUAUUUAUGUAUUUGUUUUUGCAGAUAAGCUAUAGUUACUUCAGAAUCAGUACAUAUAAAUAUGCAGGAAACAUAUGUCAAAAUAGAAUAGGUAAAAAAGAAUGGAAAAAAAGGAAAUUGAAACCAUCUCAAGGUAAACCUUUGCUCCAUGCCAGUCAUUAACGUCUGCAUUGUCUCAUUGUUUGUAUAUUCCAUAAAUUGUAUACUCAGCCCUGUAUUUUAUUAAUUAGCCUUGGGUGAAGUUUAGUACAGGAGACAGCGAUACUAUGAGAGUAUCCCCCAGCCCUCCGGGAGUCACUGUCGGCUUCCUGGAAAGGUAAUAUCUCACGAGUUGGGAGGACCCUAAGAAGUAAAGUGUUUCCCUUCUGACAGGGAUCCCCUGACUCUCCCACAGAGAGGGAAGGCCUUGGGAGAUCCAUGCUCCAUCCCUUCCUUCAGGGUACUGCACGCUUAGGCCGUAAAGCCCCGUGACUCACAUUCUCAGUAUCCGCUGGGCUGUUUCUGUGACACCACAGUGGCUAUUUACACUGAAAAACUGAAGCUUUUACUCCUGUGGAUGAAGAAAUCAUCAUGUUCUUAGUUAGGCUGAAUCUUCUUUCUAAUUAGAGUAGACAGAAAAAUGAUCAAGGAGACCUCACACCUUGCAGAAUACACUCCCUCAACAGACACUGCUCCAGGGCGGAUCCCCAUUUUACAAAAGUAAAAACAAAACAAAACAAAACAGUAGAGUUGGGGAUACAACUCAGUGGCACAGCCCCUGCCUGGCAAGCACAAGGCCGAGUUUGAUUCCUGGUACCCAAGCCCUCCAAAA